AGCGCCAAACAACAUCUGGGGACGGCUCUACUUCUCCCUCUCUCCCUCUCUCUCUCUGACUCUGACCACCCCUCGCCACCAUAAAUUCUGUGACAAGCCACCCCCACACGUCCCAUUUCUCUCCCACCCAUAACUUCCAGAGGUCUCUCCACUCGUUUCUUCUUCUUCUUCUUCUUCUUCUUCUUCACAGGGUCAAGAUUCAAGAACGAGUUCUUGCGACAAUGGACAUUGUGAGCGGAGCAGCGCCGGGGUUGGGGUUGGGGUUGGGGUUGGAGUGGGAGUUCGACAUGGAGCACCUGGGGUGGAUGGUGGAUUUCCUGAAGGGAAUGGUGAAGCCGGUGGCGGCGCUCGCGGUGGUCCUCAUGGCGGUGGCCCUCUCCUACACCCAGAGGCUCCGCCUGGAGCGGGAGAUGCUCUACGCCAUCUUCAGGGCUUUCCUUCAGCUCUCCAUUAUUGGCUUCGUCCUCCAGUUCAUCUUCAACCGCCAGAACAGCGGCUGGAUCGUCCUCGCUUACCUUUUCAUGGUCUCGGUUGCUGGCUACACGGCCGGUCAACGUGCCAAACAUGUGCCUCGGGGAAAAUACAUAGCCGGAGCCUCGAUCCUCGCCGGAACUGCGGUGACUAUGUUCUUGCUUGUCGUGCUCAAUGUGUUCCCCUUCACUCCGCGAUACAUCAUUCCCGUCUCAGGAAUGAUGGUGGGAAAUGCGAUGACGGUUACUGGUGUCACCAUGAAAAGGCUUCGGGAUGAUAUCAGGACGCAAAUGAACCUGGUGGAGACUGCAUUGGCUCUCGGAGCAACCCCGCGCCAAGCGACACACCAACAAGUGAAGAGGUCGUUGGUCAUCGCGCUCUCCCCCGUGAUCGACAAUGCCAAAACCGUGGGCCUCAUCUCGCUUCCGGGCGCGAUGACGGGCCUGAUAAUGGGAGGGGCUUCUCCGAUCGAAGCCAUCCAGCUGCAGAUUGUGGUGAUGAACAUGCUAAUUGGCGCGUCCACCGUGAGCAGCAUCAUGUCCACGUACCUCUGUUGGCCGGGAUUCUUCACCAAGGCUUAUCAGUUGGAAGCUAAGGUCUUCUCCUCCGAGUGAUGUUUAAUUCUAGCGUCUGUUAACCCUCGAGCAACUCGAAACCGAGAUACAUUUGGGAUUAAGGAGGACUUCAGAAGACGGAUUGCAGAAAUUGUAGAACUUCAUUUUCUUGCACCAUAUUGAGUUAUCAAUCAUUAGUCAAGUGGAAGUUUUUGACA